AUGGUAGCACCAAGAUCAAAUGUAAAAGCGUCUAAAUAUUAUCAUGGUAUUAUUCAAGCAAAAAUUUCACCAAAAACGAAUUCAACAUCAGUUUUACCACCUAGUUUUCAUUUUUCUGCUGCGCAGGUGAAAUACGGACGGGAAUUAGCAUCGUUAUUCAGUGAUGAAAUUAUAGAUAUAUCGUAUGAUAACAAAGCCAAAAUUUUAGUUGGCACACUAGCGGUCAGUGGUCAUCAUCAAAUUAGGAAAUUUCAUAUGACUCAUCAUGCACUAAAUUAUCAAGAUCAUGACUUUCCUACUGGGGCGAAGAUAACACCCGCUGUUUAUAUGGAGAUUCGACACAAUUUGCGUUCACAGAGUGAUGAUCGACAUAAACACGCGAAACCGUUCUACAAUAACAGUCGUUCACGGUCAUGUUCUGAAUCACUUUUGCCAGAUAGUCGAGAUAUAAUUACAGUAAGUAGUAUAUCGGUUAGAACAGAAUUGUCUGUCAGUGUUAUACAAUAA